AUGUGGACAUUUCUGGUGCUUGGCAAGGAUUUCAGAUUGUGUUCUCAGUUCAGUUUCUUAUUCCUAGAGUCUGACAAAGACCCUGAAACUUUUAUUUAUUGCUGUUCAGCUCUUGCACUAUGUUUGUAGUGGUCACAUUUCUAUCUCACAUUUUUCACGAAAGCCGUUAAAUUUUCUUCAUUUUUUCCCUGGACAUCACAUCUUAGCCAAGUCAUCUCAAUGUCUCAAUCUUCCCGAUAAAGUUCUUGUUUUCUACAUUCAGCUGUCUUCUGCUAAACCAGCUCUUUAUUUCUGUAUAAAUGGAACUGGGACAUGGAUAUAUGUGCUUCCAAAAACACAACAAUGGAGACAAUAUAGAAACUGGCUGGGGAUGGAUAUAAAUCGAGUCUAUCUUCUGCUUAUUCUUGUUUUGAGCCCUGACAUGAGCUGGAUGACUUCCAGAAUACUCUGUGACCAUCGCAUCAUACAGGUUUUUGUGAAACGCACCCGGGAUUUGGAGAGGAUGGCGGAACAGUGUGAAGAACCAAAAAUAUUAAUGGCUCCCAUAACUCUUCCAAAUGUUGAGGUCAGAGUUGCAAAAUGGAAGAACAUGACAGUGUCCCAACAAGGGAUUGAAGUUUAUUCACAUCUAAACCAUUUUUUGAAUGUGACACAAAACAUGGACACAUGUGAGUGUGUGUCACAGCAGCUUAAAAGACUGAAGGGCCAUAUAACAGAGAUCCAAGGAAUUGUUAAAAGAACAUGGCAGAAGGCUUUUAACAACACUGAUCUUGCACAGGAAGCAUCGUUCAUUCCUUCAGAUGUUAUUUCCACCAACUCUUCAGACAGCAAGGACAUUUUCCACAGAUUUGCCAGACUGCUUCAGGGAAAAGUAACUUUCCUUCUGCAAAGCUUGAGAGAAGUAAAUUGCAGAUGACAUAAAUGGGACCCUGGUUGAAAAUAGAUAUGUGAACUAGUCAAAGGAUUAACAAUUAUAGCUGCUCUAAUAUGCUACUUUUCUCAUGUAUUUCUCCUUGUGUAACUAACCAGCAGAACAUGGGUUGAAUAAAGUCAGGCCAUAUACAAUUUU